GGUGUGAGCAAGGGAGAGAAGCAGGCAGGCGUUAGGACUCAGGGGAAAUUUCUCGUCUCUGUCUCUCCUCUCUCCCCCCUCUUUCCCCCUCCUGCUCUCCCUCUCCCUUCUUCAAUCAGUUUGUGCUACUCAUCAGAUCAGGAUAGCCGCUUCAGCUCCGAGAUACAUCUCCAACUCUCUGAUAUACCAAUGCAGGGGAUAUUUGGGAGGCACACCGAGAUACAGCUGCACUGCUACAGCGGGAAGGGAAUGUGAACUCCGGGGAAGAAUGAACAGGAUCGCCACGAUUGUCUGGCUGUUGCAGCUGUUGCAAAAAGCAGAGGGGCAGGUCUUUCCAGGCGGUUGUUCAUUUGAUGAACACUACAGUAACUGUGGUUAUAGCGUGGCAUUGGGAACCAAUGGAUUUACCUGGGAACAGAUCAACACCUGGGAAAAGCCUACAAUGGAUCCAGCUGUCCCCACUGGUUCCUUCAUGAUGGUGAACAGCUCGGGACGGGCAUCUGGGCAGAAAGCUCACUUGCUGUUGCCUACCUUGAAGGAAAACGACACUCACUGUAUCGACUUUCAUUACUACCUGUCCAGUAGAGACCGUUCAAGUCCUGGCUCUCUGAAUGUCUACGUGAAGGUUAACGGUGGACCUCAGGGCAACCCCAUCUGGAAUGUGUCGGGGAUUGUUACAGAAGGCUGGGUGAAAGCAGAGCUUGCUAUCAGCACAUUCUGGCCACAUUUUUAUCAGGUGAUAUUUGAAUCUGUCUCUUUGAAAGGACAUCCAGGGUACAUAGCUGUGGAUGAAGUCAGAGUCCUUGCCCAUCCUUGCCGAAAAGCACCUCACUUCCUGCGGCUUCAGAAUGUGGAGGUUAAUGUGGGACAGAAUGCAACGUUCCAGUGCAUUGCGGGGGGCAAGUGGUCCCAGCAUGACAAACUCUGGCUCCAGCAAUGGAAUGGAAGGGACACUGCCUUAAUGGUCACCAGGGUGGUCAACCACAGACGGUUUUCAGCUACAGUCAGUGUAGCGGACACUUCUCAGCGUAGCAUCAGUAAAUACCGGUGCGUGAUUCGCUCAGAUGGUGGCUCUGGAGUUUCAAACUAUGCAGAACUAAUAGUGAAAGAACCUCCAACACCCAUUGCGCCCCCUGAACUGCUGGCUGUCGGUGCCACCUACUUGUGGAUCAAACCAAAUGCCAAUUCCAUUAUUGGUGAUGGGCCUAUAAUAUUGAAGGAAGUGGAGUACCGUACAACAACUGGGAAUUGGGCAGAAACUCACAUUGUAGACUCCCCCAAUUACAAGCUGUGGCACCUGGACCCAGAUGUGGAAUAUGAGAUCAGAGUGCUUCUUACCCGUCCUGGUGAAGGAGGGACCGGACCCCCUGGGCCUCCACUCACGACAAGAACAAAGUGUGCAGAUCCAGUCCAUGGACCACAGAACGUGGAAGUUGUUGACAUUCGCUCCCGACAGCUAACCUUGCAAUGGGAACCCUUUGGCUAUGCAGUGACCCGCUGCCAUAGCUACAACCUUACCGUCCAGUACCAGUAUGUGUUUAACCAGCAGAAAUAUGAGGCAGAGGAGCUCAUCCAGACUUCCUCGCACUACACUUUGCGAGGCCUUCGGCCUUUCAUGACCAUACGCCUGAGGCUAGUGCUCUCUAAUCCUGAGGGCAAGAUGGAAAGUGAGGAACUAGUUGUGCAGACUGAGGAGGAUGUUCCUGGGCCUGUUCCUUUGGAAUCUAUCCAGGGAGGACCUUUUGAAGAGAAGAUUUAUGUUCAGUGGAAGCCUCCAAAUGAAACAAAUGGUAUCAUUACACUCUACGAGAUUACAUACAAGGCUGUUGGGUCUCUGGAUCCCACUGCUGACCUGUCCAGCCAGAGGGGAAAGGUCUUCAAACUAAGGAAUGAAACUCACCACCUCUUUGUAGGGUUAUAUCCAGGGACUACCUAUUCGUUCACCAUCAAAGCCAGCACAGUGAAGGGCUUCGGACCUCCCAUCACGACCCGGAUUGCAACUAAAAUUUCAGCACCAUCAAUGCCUGAGUAUGAUACAGACUCGCCCUUGAAUGAAACUGACACUACCAUCACGGUCAUGCUGAAGCCUGCUCAUUCCCGUGGAGCACCUGUCAGUGUCUAUCAACUUGUUGUCAAAGAAGAGAGGCUGCAGAAAGCACGGAGGGCUGCAGACAUCAUUGAGUGCUUCUCUGUCCCAGUGAGCUACAAGAAUGCUUCCAGCCUUGACUCACCCCAUUACUUUGCAGCUGAGCUGAAACCCAUCAACCUGCCAGUCACUCAACCCUUCACAGUGGGUGACAACAAAACCUACAAUGGAUAUUGGAAUGCUCCACUCUCACCGCUGAAAAGCUACAGCAUCUACUUCCAGGCUCUUAGCAAAGCAAAUGGAGAGACCAAAAUCAACUGUGUUCGACUGGCAACAAAAGGAGCUUCCACCCAGAAUUCCAAUGCAGUGGAGCCAGAAAAGCAAGUUGACAGCACAGUGAAAAUGGCUGGAGUUAUAGCUGGGCUUCUGAUGUUUGUUAUUAUCCUCUUGGGAGCAAUGCUCACUAUCAAAAGAAGAAGAAAUGCAUAUUCCUACUCAUAUUACUUGAAACUAGCCAAGAAGCAGAAAGAGACUCAGAGCAGCACCCAGAGAGAGAUGGGCCCUGUUGCUACUUCAGAUAAGACCUCCACCAAACUCAGUGCAGUCCACAAUGAAGAAGCAUUUUCAGCCAGCUGCCAAGAUGUUAAUGGAUUCACAUCAUCCUCUCCUUGUUCAUUUUCUGUCCAAAGCAAAACCCUUCAGAGCAAAUCUUUGUUGAAUUCCUACUACUCAGUAUCAUCAGACACUGUUCCAUCGACCACGCUGCUAGACAGUAGCCAUGGGGAGAUGACCCAGCCGACUCUGACUAUCCAGACCCAUCCAUACCGAAGCUGUGAGCCAGUGGAAAUGUCCUACCCCAGGGGGCAGUUCCAGCCAGCCAUCCGAGUGGCCGACUUGCUACAGCACAUCACCCAGAUGAAACGAGGACAGGGCUAUGGAUUUAAAGAGGAGUAUGAGGCUCUCCCUGAAGGGCAGACAGCAUCUUGGGAUACAGCCAAGGAAGACGAAAACCGCAAUAAGAAUAGAUAUGGGAACAUAAUCUCCUAUGACCAUUCAAGGGUGAGAUUGCAACUGCUUGAUGGAGACCCUCACUCAGACUACAUAAAUGCCAACUAUAUAGAUGGAUAUCACCGACCUCGUCACUACAUUGCCACUCAAGGACCAAUGCAAGAAACAGUGAAAGAUUUCUGGAGAAUGAUUUGGCAAGAGAACUCUGCAAGUGUUGUCAUGGUCACGAACUUGGUGGAAGUUGGUAGGGUAAAGUGUGUUAGAUACUGGCCAGAUGAUACAGAGGUCUACGGAGAUAUUAAAGUCACAUUAAUUGAGACAGAGCCGUUGGCAGAGUAUGUCAUACGCACAUUUACCGUACAAAAGAAAGGCUACCAUGAGAUCCGAGAGAUUCGUCAGUUCCACUUCACCAGCUGGCCAGACCAUGGGGUCCCUUGCUAUGCCACAGGUCUUUUGGGCUUUGUUCGACAGGUGAAGUUCCUUAAUCCUCCUGAGGCAGGGCCUAUAGUUGUACACUGCAGUGCUGGUGCUGGGAGGACGGGGUGCUUUAUUGCCAUUGACAUCAUGCUUGACAUGGCAGAGAAUGAAGGUGUGGUAGAUAUAUUUAACUGUGUGCGAGAGCUGCGAUCCCAGAGGGUCAAUUUGGUGCAGACAGAGGAGCAGUACGUCUUUGUCCAUGAUGCCAUUCUUGAAGCAUGUCUCUGUGGCAACACGGCAAUUCCAGUUUGCGAAUUCAGAUCUGUAUAUUACAACAUCAGCAGACUAGACCCGCAGACCAAUUCCAGCCAGAUCAAAGAUGAAUUUCAGACCCUCAAUAUUGUGACACCACGUGUUCGGCCAGAAGAUUGCAGCAUUGGUCUGUUGCCAAGGAACCAUGACAAAAAUCGCUGCAUGGAUGUGCUGCCCUUGGACCGGUGCCUCCCCUUCCUCAUCUCUGUGGAUGGUGAAUCAAGCAACUACAUCAAUGCUGCGCUCAUGGAUAGCCACAAGCAACCUGCUGCCUUUAUUGUAACCCAGCACCCUUUACCAAAUACCAUAGCAGACUUCUGGAGGCUGGUGUUUGAUUACAACUGCUCCUCCAUAGUGAUGCUGAAUGAAAUGGAUGCUGCACAGCUCUGCAUGCAGUAUUGGCCAGAGAAAACAUCCUGUUGUUAUGGGCCAAUCCAAGUGGAGUUUGUUUCAGCAGACAUUGAUGAGGAUAUCAUCAACAGGAUAUUCCGGAUCUGCAACAUGGCCAGGCCCCAGGAUGGAUAUCGUAUAGUGCAGCACUUGCAAUACAUUGGCUGGCCAGCAUACAGGGACACCCCUCCUUCCAAACGCUCCCUUCUGAAGGUGGUUAGGAGGCUGGAGAAGUGGCAGGAGCAGUAUGAUGGGAGAGAUGGACGCACUGUUGUUCACUGUCUGAAUGGUGGUGGGCGCAGUGGCACUUUCUGUGCCAUCUGCAGUGUCUGUGAAAUGAUUCAGCAGCAAAAUAUCAUUGAUGUAUUCCAUAUAGUAAAGACAUUACGAAAUAACAAAUCCAACAUGGUGGAAUCACUGGAACAGUAUAAAUUUGUAUACGAGGUUGCACUGGAAUAUUUGAGUUCCUUUUAGCCUAGCAAAAUAGGAGCCUUCUGAAUUCCAGCGCUCGGUGUCUAAAGAACACGUUUUUCACACUAAAAGGUAGUAACAGUGUGAGGAGGCUAUGCUCUCCAUCCUGAAGGAAGAGUCUAAGACUGUACAGACCUCAAUGCCACUGGGAGGAGAUGAUGAUCCCCGUGUUUGCUGCUGCCUGUUUUCUAUUGCAGCAUUUACCACUUCUUAAAUAACCUAAUGUAUCAAUUGGCAGAACAGAAGCAAACUUGGAAGACUGUGCUUUCUAAUCCCCUCUGACCUCUUUUCUCCCACUUUGGAUGUGUAUUUUUGCUCUCCUUGUUACAAAGGGAAAAAAACAAAAAAAAAACACUGGGACAGUCUGUCUUUUAAACAGCGCUGUUUUCUGUUCUCAAAUCCCAUCCUUUACUCUUUUAAUUUCAUGCAUCAGCCAUUUGGGAAACUGAAAGAGCCAUAGGGGAAAUCUAAGACUUUGGGUUACAAUUAAAUUAAUCCACCUGAUCUAUAUGUUUUCAAAUGAGUAGGCCAGCACAAAAAGCAGCAAUUCUCUUCCUCUGCCCUGUUCAUCCUACACCUAAAAAUAGGAGAUGGAAAUGAGAAGCUGUUCAUGGAGUCACUGCACCAUCUAUUCCACAAUAUUUUCCUUCUGUAUUCUGUUAAGAUGCUGUACAUGAACUGGUUACAUCUCUCUGAUCCAUGUUAGUUUCAGUGCUGGUGAAGCAAUUUCAAACAAAAUGGGUUUCCCUUCAGUUUUAAUCAUGCAAAUUCUGCCAUUAUGUACUUGUGUCAAACUGACUGCAUUAGUUUUGCAAUUUGGGUGAUUUUUUUACUACAUUUUUCAAGCAUUUACUGGGGUGCAGUGGGCCUCUCAAAAUAAGGGCAUAAAGUGGAUACUUUUUGAAGAUAUAGAGUAUGUACUGUUUUUACUUAUUGUGUGUAUUGUUAAAGCACUGAUGAGCUCUCAUCUUGCCCAAGACCCCACUGCUCUAGGCACUGAAGAAAUGCAGAACGAAGACAGACCUUGCCCCCCAAAAGUUUGUAAUCUAAGAAUGAUCUUAAAUUGGGGUUUGACCAAGUCUUCUCACUCUGCUCCCAAAGUGUUAUACAAUCAAAACUAGCUGCAUGAUUUAUCUGGCAUUCUUGUCUCCAAAAUUCUUUAGUAGUAACCUGUUCAGGCUGUAUGAAAAGUUCUGCACCUAAACAGGGAAGUGUUUUUGAUAUUUACUAAGAAAUCAAUACUUCAUAAACAAGAAGGCAUUGGCUUUGUUCACAAACAUGUCUGUGAAAUUUCAGUUUUUGGAAACAAAUGCUGGACAUAUUUUAUCUUGGUCCUAUAGCCCAGUCUUUUUUCUUGCAUCUACAGAACAGCCUAUUAAGUAGUUAAGCAGGAAAGACUGUGUUUAAACUUGGGAGCGUGAAAUUAUUUAGAUUAACCAGAUUUUUACAAUUGUUGUAUUUUUACUCUUCCAGCCUUCUGUUGUCCUAACUCUGUGGAGAUGAGAAGCUGCUGUGUGCAUUGCCUAGAUUCUUGGUAACAUAGGGUUUUUUUUAAUUUGUUUUUAUUGUUUGUUUUUAGUAUAGACUUUCUAUCAAAGCAAGACUGAAGAAUUGAGUUUUGUAGAACUCUUCAAUUCCUCAUUCCCAACCCUACUUUUUCCACCUUCUGGUGAAUACCCAGAGUUUCCAUUCCCAGAAAUGACAGAUGGAUUCACACGAUAUAGAUUUUUAACAUUAGAAAUUAACUGCUUCACUUUAGAAAAAAAAUAUCUUAGUCCAAAAGACACCAGUAAGUAAUAGCCACUCUUAGGCAGCAAAUUAGAUCUUGUCUACACUGCCUCCAUGCUGCCAGAAAACAUGUCACAACUGCUAAGUCCUGCCCUGCCUGUGCCAAAUCCCACAAAUAAGGCAACAUAACUGCCUUGUCUUUAGAGUGUCCCUGACCACGUAACAAUAAUCACACUCAAAAAGAGAGACUGAGAGCAGCACUGGAUACAUGCAUGCUAUGUGCCCAUGUAAUGCAGCUAUAUCACCUCAUUUCUGGCAUUUGGCAUGGGUGGAGUAUGAUGGAGUAGGCCAGGCAUGCUUCAUGAUGGUGCUGAUGGCCAUAGUAUGGAAGAGAUGUUGUCAAACUCUCACCCAUUUUGUCUCUUGUGUAUCCGGCAUGACAUAAAGUACCUGUGAUACCUGUGGCAUCAUUUCCUUGCAUCCUGUUUUUGUCUUGUUCUUUCUGUUGUUUGCAAUAGAAACAUGAUGAAGUGGUACAAUUGCUUAUGAGUGUGUCUUGUUAUGAAAACAGUGUUCUUUUUUGCCAUUCAUCCAUGCAGAGAAUCCUGCAGGAAAAUAUUAUACUGAGUGGAACAGGUAUGCCACAAAAUUUCAUUCUGUAGUUGAAAAGAAUGAAAGCAUUGGAUACUAUAUCAGGAUUUUCUUACAGCUACUCAGGUGAAAAUUUUUAGUCAGUGAAGUUUGUGUUAGUGUAAGUGCACAUACUGCAUCAAGUCAAAAGAAAUAAUUUCCAGCCAUUUCAAAUCCACUCCAAUGCCUCAGACGUAUGUGUUGCAAGUUUCAAUAGAGUUCACUCCUCUUCAGCCAAGCUGAUUUUAAAAAAGAAUUGUCCUUCUUCCUUGAAUUAUUCCUGCAGUUUCUGUUUUUUUAAUUAUUUUGUUAAGCCUUUUGAUAGCAUAUAUUUUAUAGUUCAGUGCUCUCAAAGGCAUCGUCACCUUAAUGUGACCAGAGUUACAAAACUAAUGUCAUGGAACCAUCAGUUAAUGUUUUCUUAACUUUACAUGGAGAUUCACAAGCAUAUGUUAAUGGUCCUGAAAUACUCAGUCCAGCUCUGAUAUCUAAGAGUGGUUUUCAUACUGCGUCCCAUGUAACCUUGGGAUUACACACCAGGUCAUCAUGGAUUCUGCAAAAAGAUAAGGUAAUGGCAGAGCGGGCCAGGGGGUGGUGUGCUACUAUUGCCAGAACAGGCUGCUUGUCUCCAUGUCAGUUUUUAGGAUAGAGGUAGAGGUUCUGCACUAAAAGAAGUGUUAUGAGAGGAUUCCGUGACUUUAGGAAUACUUGAAAAACACUGAUCUAGGAUAAAGGCACAGAAAGGAAGAGAGGUCUUCAAUGGAAUAAAGAAAGAUAGAUUGGGAUGUGAGAAGUAGAAGGAAGUUCCAGCAUUAGGGGUAGCAUGAAAGAAAGUGGAUAAAAAGACAGAAGUAGCAGGUAGGAAGGAAACACGGGUGGAGACAAGUAGGUGUCAAAAUUAAAAGCUGAGCCUAGGUGAGAGUGGAACUUCAUAGGUUCCAAUCAUAUUGGUUUGAGUUAAUUACCUUGGUACUAUAUAUAUGUAUAUACAUUAUGUACUAGAAUUAAUAUAGUAUAUACAUUACAGUACUUUUAAGUGCAGCACACAGCUGUAACAAUGUCAGCAUGUGUGAUGAAAAUGUGUCAGUUAAGGUCAUGGGAGCUGUGUUUUUUUCUCUUUGAGGAAAGAGAGAAAUUGAUAUGAACUCAUAAAGACUUUCUCAAGGAUAUAUAGUCACCAGGGAAUGGAGUUAGUCAACUGCUAGGAAAAUGAAUUCUUCAAAUUAUUCUGUUUUAGGCUAGAAAAAUUUAAUAAGAAGACAUGUGAUGAUAUUUGACCAGUUCUAAAGGAGCUGCAUAUGAAUGGCAAAAUUUAAGAAAGUAGGAUUAAUUAAAGUAACAGGAAAAACUACCACAUGCAAAAAGGAACUAAUAUGUAGGAUAAAUUGCAAAGGGAGGUAACUGAAACAAAGAAGUCAAAGGAUAGCUGGACUGGUUUCUAGGAAUGGUUAAGAAACUGAGUGGUCUAUGGUAUGACAGAAGUUAAAAAGAGAUAUAGAAGAACUUAAAACAUAUUAAAACAAAAGAGCAGGCAUAUUAGAAGUGAGAGACUUCUCAUAAAAUUGCUUGCCGUCACAUAAAAAUAUCACCACAGAGGCUGUGUCAUGUACCAGUAAUUAUUUUUUUUCAAAUUUCUAUUGGUAUAGGAAAACAUACCUAAUGCACUAUAUAUGGACAUGAGUUGCAAGUCAAAUUGCAAAUCUUUAUUCAAUAAUCUUUCCAUUCCUGGGUCUGUUACCACCCUCAUCUUAUUUACGAGAUUCCACCAAAUCAGACAGGGCCUUAUGCCACCACCACAAUGAGUGGACACAAUUCCAUGGAAUCCUGUUCCACAGACCUUUGGACAAGUACGGCUUCCAGGUGCCACCACCCCACAGGGGGCUGUAAUGGAAAUCAGAAGAUGGCUGUGGAAUUUGAACGUACUUGGGUCACAACUCUGCCACAUUCAAUCACAUUCAGUUCUACCUUCCACAGGUGAAUAACCCUGUCAAAGCAUAUGGAGCUAAUUAAAAUUAUGUAAGGAAGAGUGCAGAAUAGGGUCCUGGAUAGCAAGUUAGGGUGAAUUCAGUUAUCUCAUUUUUGUCCAGAGUUCGACAUAACUGGCAGUCUGCUGAGAAAUGAUCCUGGUUGGAGUAACUGGAGGCAUUUCAGUUUAUGAUUGAAGAAUUUGAGAGAAGUGUACAAAACUAUGCAGAACACAAUAUCUCUCUGCAUCAUGCCUUUGUGCAAGUGGUUUUUAUUAGCUCUUUGCUGGUUAUCUCGCUAAUCAAUGCUUUCAGGCCUUAACUAUUUACAUUCGUAAUAUUUUUCCCUUGCUCUGUGUGCAUGAGUUAUACAGCCAAUAAAAGAUUUUCACAUUUAUAGGAAUGCUGUAAUUCAGGUGGCCUUUGACCACUAGAUCAAAUUGUUGUUCCUGUACUACGUCAGCAUUAGCCCUUGGUGUAUAAUUUAUAUCUCAGUAGCUUGGGCUAUUUAUUGUGUGUAUAUUUUAUGUACACACUGUCUAUGCCCAUUCUGAUACAGGGAGAUGCUAUUUACAUACCAGCAUCUAGUAUAUAGGUUUAAAAGUAUGACAGGUGGAAGUGAUAUUUAUAUCUUCAGAGAUGCAACAGAAAUGAGUAUAACAAAUGCUACUACUUUGUUGCACACACACACACACGCACAUGCACAUGCACGCACUUAAAGGCAAUGACAUGAAAAAUUACACACAGAUAUUUGGAGAUGUUGUGGGCUACCAUGGCCCCUAUAAAUCUGACAUGUAUAGCCAUUACAUCCAGUAUAUAAUGAUUUUAGAACAGAAGGGGAGGGUCAUGGUUUUCUUUCUUGAGGGGGAAUGGAUAAGGAAGAGUAGACAACACUGGGGAAAGGGAAGAUUGUAUGGAGUCCUGGAACAAGUAGGACACUUGCAUCUUGUUGGCUCUCAUUCUUGCACAUGACCAUUUAUAUUAUCCUCUGCCCUGUUCAUGCUGAAAUCACCAGAAAGUAUGCAAUAUCAAAUUCCACUCUGUGAAUCCCACCUGAAACUAAAUGGAGAAGCCAGAGUUUAGCAGGAGGAAUAGAAGGUAUGUAAGACAGAAAGAUAAAGAAAAAGGGGUUGCUCAAUGCUAACAAAUCUCACCCAGAAAUGAAUGACAUCCUUGUAUUCUGAUGUGGGAUACAGUGUGAAGGAUGACCCCUUCCCCAAAAGGUUAAUUCUUUUGUCAUGAAUUUAAAUAAAGCAGCACAGUACAGUGGUAUAUUGAUAGUUGCUUGAUAUCCCCUAUGUUUCAUGCAGAAACCUCAAACUAUCAAGGUUAUUUCAGAAUCUUGGUGUGAGCCUGUUGUUCUUCCAAGGGUUCUUUUCUGUUCCUUAUAUGCGUAGUAGAAGAUCACAUCUUCUGUAUGUGUGAGUGGGAAGAUAGUGAUGACAACGAAUUGUGGUUUCUUCAAAAGAAGCAUAUAGGCUAUCUAGGUUAGAUACUUUACACAGGUGCAAAUUCAUCCUGGCCAUGGACAGUGCUGUAGGUCACUAAUGGUUUGUACAGUAUAGAUCCUGGCAGAAUAAACUGUUUUCAUCUUCCCUUUCUGCUUAUCCUGUGCCCUAGUUCAUUUGUGAAGACUUGGGUGCCCAGUGAAUCAAAAGCUAAUCAUUAACACUUGAUACAUGAAUGAUCCAAAAGGUCUUGACCUAACACUUUUUCUCCCAACAGCACAUCAAGCUGCUGCAGUUUCUGGGGGUGUUGUUAGAAAUCACCACCACGCACUAAUUUUAACUUGAAAAACACAUCAAAUGUUCUUGUGCUGUCCCCAGGUUUUUCCAGGUUUGCCAAGUCCUGCUAAUACACACCGUAAUGGGAAAAUGUAUAUCUCCCCAUGAUUUCCAUAUGUUUCCAUAAACAUGGAGUAGCCCUAUUUUAGAUUGCAACUUAUUUCAAUACAGAAACUUAUUUUCUGUCUGUUUGGUCCUUUCGCACAUAAAAAUGCAUUGUGGCCAGUAGGUAAAUCAAACAUAAGCAUACAUUUUCAUACCAUGAGACCACAUCCUGUGCCACUGAAGUCAAUGGCAAAAUCUUCACAGCCCUCAGAUGGUCCCUGGACUUGAAUUUUUGUUUACUGAGUUAGAAGAUUGCAUCUAACUAAAAAAGCCUCCAUUGUUUGCACAAAUUGUACUCAAAAUAGCCUACAACAUUAUGUCAAGCUGUAUCUUUUGAUACCCUUUGAGCAUGUACAAGCCCCACACACCUGAAUCCACCCUCCCUCUCUCCCUACCAUCUUCUGUUUCAAACUAAGCAGAUUAUGUCAUCCCUGUUACCCUCAGUGGUCCCUGAAUCUCAAGAAGCAGAAAGUCAUCGGCUGCUUUGAAAGCCCCUAGAUUUACCUGGAAAUUCAAGGUACUAAAAACUAUCUCCACAGUGCACUUGAUCACUUCAGUAGAGCUGUAGUAUCGCCUUUUUAUGUGGAAAAGGAUGUAAGGAUUCUACACUAAAUUGAAUGACAGAUGUUGGUGCUUGUAGAGAGUCCUCUGGAAGAACAAAUAGUUGAAAUGGAGGGAUGGAGGGGAGCAAGGGAGCACCAAUUUGUCCCUCUCUCCAAAGAGAGACCAAUUCUGAUCUCUCAUAUAUUGGUUUUUCAUCAGUGUAGCGGUCUAUUUUAGUUGAAUUGUUCCUGCUUUUUAUUAGUGUGAGGUCAUAACCAGGUCCUGGGGCAAGCACAGAUUUGAUCUGCUGGAUCUAUUUGUGAGGUAUGGCACAAGGAAGCCUUGUUUGCUAGUUAUGUCCAUCACUGGUGACCCUAGGCAAUCCUGUCCGUGAGAAGUUGGUUGCUGAAUAAGCUGCAUCUGUCAAAUAGAGCCUUGAACUUGGGGACGCUUCCACCAUUUCGCAUACCUUCAUGAGCUGAGCUGUUCUAAAAAUCAGCCCAAGCCAAAUGAUGAAGCCAAAAGCUUUGUAAGCCACAAGUCUGAGGCCAUCCUUGUGCACAGAACAGAAUUGGCAUCACCCUCCCAACAUCCUUAGCCAUUUUUACUUCUCCAGCACUGAUGUUGUUCCUUCCGCUGAAAGUUUUAACUGCAACCUUACCAGGUACAAAUCAGAAACUGAAGAUGAUGUAACCAUGCCAACUAUAUUCACCUCCCCACUGACCUUUCCUUUCCACCAUACUGUUGAAACUUAAAUGUACUAGUGCCACUCUUCACCAGAAUUGUUGCCCCUUAACCCAACAACACUGAGGGUGCAUCUGAAUCAGCAGCAUCCUGUAUCAUCUGCUAGAUUCCUAUUCCAGCUGCCAGGAUACAGCUGUUUUGCUGACUGGGAGGAGUGUUGCAUGAGAACUGAAGUAUUUUUGCUGUUGCCACUACCCUCUGAUCCCCACGAUUAUUGGUAAAACUCACUUGUACAGUUUGGAUGUUUGAUAGAUAAAGCACGUACAAAAAAUGAAAAAAAUAUAAAUACAAAAAAACUCAGCACUGUGCAUUCAGUGUCUUUUCUUUCUAGCUUAAAAGAAGGAAGGUAAAUAAUGUCAAGUCAAUGAAUAUCAGAUAUAUUUUUUGACUGUACAUUACAGUGAAGUGUAAUCUUUUUUUUACAACUGCGAGUCCAUCUUAUUUAUUCUUGUAAAUGUUCCCAGACAAUGUUUGUAAUAUGGGCUGUGUUGCAAAUCCAUACAAUAAAUCUGUGAUCUGAGAUUAAUGUUUUACUAAAAA